UUUCCCUUUCAAUAGGGGAGUUUUUCUUUCAGCCAGUGAAAUUGUAAGCCUGAGUUUUUGAUGUUGUGAGGGGAAAACACGUCAGAUCCCUAACAACGUCAUCACCAGGUCUCUAGUUGAUUUAAGCCAAAUCUCUGGUGACGGUUCAGUCUGACUUGAGCAGUUGGAGGUGAUCCAUCCAGUUGUCUACACAUUCUCACCAGUCCAGCACCUGACAAGAUGGGCAAAGAAAUCGACUUUGUCAACAGGGACCCCAACGGUCUUAACGACCACGUCAGAGUUUUGUUCGAUGAAGUUCUGGGUGAGCCUGACGGUGCCCACUCCAUCAAAUGUGUCUGGAACUGUGCCUAUAAAUGCUUCAACUGCUGUAAAGGCUGCUGCUACAAGCUGCUUACCCUGUUGUGUGGUAUUCCCUUGGCUUUGUGCUGGGGAUGUGAGUUCGCCUACAUCACCUUCUGGCACGUGUGGUACGUCACCCCCUGCAUGAGAUUGUACAUGAUCAACUGCGGCUGCAUGCAGAAGUUCUAUGGCACCUGUCUACAAUGUUACCUCCAGCCUCUCUGUGAGGCGUACAGCUACUUCUUCAGCAACAUCCGGGUCACCAACUACUCGGGCUAAUUUUAGCUCACUCGCCAGACAGCUCGUCUUUUGAAGUCGGCUGUAUUUUCGUGAUUACAAGUACCUAGGUGUCAUCUCCUUCAAUACAGAAGCUCAAAAGCUUUUUAAAAAUCGUUAUAAAACAACACUGAAAUGGUAAUUUUUCAAAAGACUAUUAAUCUUUCGACCAUUUUAAGGAUAUAUUUUGGCAUUAGUCUGACUUAUCAGGUCUUCCAAGGAUAUUGUAACAACAGUCACUCGCCUGUGAUAUUAUACUCUGUGGUAAAACAGAGACAAUAUAUAAACAUAUUUAUGUAUCUGUGAUAUUGUUUGUCAAAACUAGAUUUUAAACCAAUUAUUUUUUAAAAAUCAACAUUUGAUUACACAAUUUAAAAACAAUGUACUUUCGUUUUCUCAUUGUAACUUUUCAAUUGUUUGAAAUGUGUAACUUGUUGAUUGGUUUGAAUAAAUUAUUUACAAGAAU